AUGCUGCUGCGGCCCGAGGAGACAUACAACAGAAAGACGGGUCACAAACGUUCCAAGAACCCACAGCAGUAUUUCUUGACGUCUCCCACAGACCCCAAGACGAGUUCCCCACAGCGCCGGUCACCACGUGCCGCAAAGCUGCGCUUACGACUGAAGAAGUGCCGGUCAUCAAAGCUGCUCCUGGACUUGUUGCGAGCAGCCUGCGAUGCAGGCCGUGUGGACAUCAGCAUAUUCAGUGCUGCCGUGCAGCGAUGCGGCCAGAUGCGUUGGUGGAGACCUUUGCAAGAUAUCUUGCAGAUGCAGCACAAAGCACAAGUAAAGUUGGAUUGUGUGCACGUUUCCUCCGUGCUGAAUGCUCUCGCCACAUGCCUCCGUCGGGACGGAAAAUUCGAGGUGGUCCCGGCUCGGGCACAAGCCGCUCUCAAGAUCGCACACGAAGUUAUUGAGGAAUGUAAGGGGUUGGUGCAAACGGAAUCCGACUACAAUAUUCUAUUGACAGCUUUAUUCAAGCUGUGUUCUCAGAUUGCGAGUGUUCGUAGCCAUCAGUGGGCUUUGAGGAUAUGGGAUUGGUCCUCGGCGACGGCAUUCGAAAAAGACAGUCUUACCUGGACGGCCUUUCUGACACUGUCUGAACAGUUUGGCGACGAAAGCCUAGUCGACAGAUACUUGCAGGAAGGUCUUUCGGAUGGGGCUUCAUGGACGAGAAACCCAGUUCUGCUCGGAGGCCUGCUAAAUGCAGCGGCGAACCGCCGCAGGGCUGCACGUGCAGAUGCAAUUUGGGACAACUUCUGCUCGGCGGGCCUACGGCCGAACAUGAUCUGCUAUGGAGCCUAUUCCAAGGCCCACAUGCUGGCAGGAAGUCCAGUUCGAGCUGUUGAGAUCAUCGAUAACAUGGAGAUGCAGAAGGUGGCAAACAUGAACUCCAAUAUUGUUGUCGACUAUGGGCAAUGUUUGCUGGUGGUUUGUCACUCGUCGACUUCCCCAUCAAAUAGACAAAAGUUGUUAGACUUCAUCGCACGAGGAGACAAGAUUAUGACGAAGGAUGGCCGAGGUAACACGAAGAACGAGUGGCAAAAGAUCAGGGGAAAUGCUGGCAAGCUUCUUGCCAACGCGAAGUCGUUGCAGUUACAAGACAUCCUGUCUGAGUGGAAGGCACGGACCCUCAGCGUGAUGAAAGAUUGGGAGAACUUUGAUGCGAACACAAAGUACCUCAAGAUAAAGGCACCUGCUUACAGCUCGGAGGAUGACAGCCUGGAUUCUGGAUCCUAG